CACCCAAAGCCAGUCACCAAUCCACACCGUCCGAACCGCAAUCCCACAAAAUGGGCUCAGCAACACCCCAAAUCCGCUCCCUCUACCGGCGGCUCCUCCGCGAACUCCCCUCGCGCCCGUCUUCUACCCCCUCCCCACGCUCCGCCAGCACACCAACCUAUCUGCGCUCCUCCUCGCACCAAAAGCUCUCCUCACCGUCCACGGUACAGCACCGAAUACGUGCGACCAUCACGAACCCACCGUCAAGUAAUACAGCAAGCCAGAUACAACAGGCGGAGCAAUUGAUACAAUACGUACAGGCGCAACGCAUGUACGCAACGCUGAUUGAGCGGUAUAAUCCGGGUAUGGGGAUGGAUGAGGAAGAGAGGGUGAGGUUGACGGCGAGGAAGGUGGGGAUGGAUUUACCGCAGGAGUUUCAGAGGGAGAAAUAAAUGAGGGAGACGACGAAGAAUCAAGAUGAUGCAUUGGCGCUGGAAGGGAGGGAAAGUGAGAUGUUCUGCGUAGCGUGGAAGUGCAGGCAGACACAAAAGGGAAGAGACUUAUUAACGGAUGAUGGGAUGUAUAAUACUCGUGUAUGGGUACAGAAGACUAGAAAUUCGAAAGUGUGUAUAUUCGAAUAAAAGGAAGGCUACCUAAUUUAUUGGGUUGCCGAAAGCGCGAAAGAUGCGCAGACCGCCAAUGCAGGGUAUGAAGCCUUUGUUAAC